AUGCUUCAACGAGGUUUUAUCCGGGAUAUCGUCAUCACGCCAGUGGCGUUCCAUGACAUGCCUUUGCUGAAUAGCGUCGGUGUUCACGAACCGUUCGCCCUCCGCAGCAUCAUCGAGGUCGUCACGGAUGACGGAUACGGGCUAGGCGAGUCCUACGGCGACUCAACUCAUCUCGGUCGUCUGCAACUGGCCGCCGAUCGCAUCAAGGGUCUUUCGGUAUACAACACGAACUCAAUAUACCAGAUCUGUGUCGACUCCCUCGUGGGCGACUCCAGCACGGGCGGCGACGGCAUGGCUGGCAUGGUGACCACAGCCUCCGUUGUUGAUAAAGUCUUCUCUCCCUUCGAAGUCGCAUGCCUCGACAUCCAGGGCAAGCUGGCGGGCGUCCCCGUGAGCGACCUCCUCGGCGGCCGCGUCAGAGACAACGUCCAGUACUCUGCAUACCUGUUUUACAAGUGGGCAGGCCACCCCGGAGAGGCGGAUGACGAGUACGGCGCGGCGCUGGACCCCGCUGGCAUCGUAAAGCAAGCCCGGAAGAUUAUAGACGAAUACGGCUUCAAGGCCAUCAAACUCAAAGGAGGCGUCUACCCUCCUGCAGAGGAGGUCAAGGCCAUCAAGGCACUGCACGCAGCGUUCCCCGCCGUGCCGUUGAGGCUGGAUCCCAAUGCCGCAUGGACGGUCGACACCUCCAAGUGGGUGGCCAAGGAGCUCGAGGGCAUAGUCGAGUACCUGGAAGACCCGGCGCCGGAAAUCGAGGGCAUGGCCGCCGUGGCCAAAGAGGCCUCGAUGCCGCUGGCGACGAACAUGGCCGUCGUCGCCUUCUCCCACCUCCCGCCUUCUAUCUUGCAGGACGCCGUCCAGGUGAUCCUCUCCGACCAUCACUUCUGGGGCGGCCUGCGCAAGUCCCAGACGCUGGCCGGCAUCUGCGCGACCUGGGGCAUGAGGCUCUCGAUGCACUCCAACAGCCACCUGGGCAUCUCGCUCGCCGCCAUGACGCACCUGGCGUCGGCGACGCCCAACCUGGACUACGCUUGCGAUACCCACUGGCCGUGGAAGCGUCGCGACGAGGAUGUCGUCGUCAACGGGGCCUUGAAGUGGGCCGACGGCGGCCUCAAUGUUCCGACUGCCCCUGGCCUGGGGGUUGAGCUCGACAGGGAGAAGUUGGCGCGUCUGCAUCAACAGUACCUGGACUGCGGGUUGCGGAAACGGGACGACACUACCUAUAUGAAGAGGUUUCAGCCAGACUUUUCAGCCAAGAUUCCCAAAUGGUGA